AUGCAUACGGCUAUUUCCCAGGUUCACUCACCUGCCAUUAAGUCACUGAUUAGUUAUGUAGUACAGUUCCAAAUCCUGAAGUCAAUGUGCCCUGCUGGAACAGUACUGAGCGAAGGAUGUAUUCUCUCUGAAGUCACCACAGAGAAGCUUCGUGAGGUUAUGAAGAAGGGAUCGUCUAUCACUUGGUUACAAGCACUGGAACAGCUCACUGGAUCCAAGCAGCUUGAUGCUUCACCUCUACUGGAGUACUACGAGCCACUGGCUAACUGGCUAAGGAACACCAAUGAGGUUGACCAGACCGUUCUAGGCUGGGAUGGUGAUGGCAGUGCUUUCACAGCUGAAGAGAUUCCGAAGCCAAGAGCUGGUAUGGACGGCGGUAGCGGAAUCCUUAGCGAAGAUCGCGUUGCUUUCCCUGGAGGUCUGUGUGCAAAUGGGCAAGAGUGCCUUUUGGAUUCGCACUGUAACGGUACUAUCUGCAUAUGCAAUGAUGGCCUGUACACGCUGGAAAUCGGUACAACAGUGAACUGUGUCCCAGGAAAUCCGGCUGAUAGCGGCUUCGGUGAUGGAAAGUUACACUGCUGCCUUGACGCUUCAUCCAGAUGUGUAUGUGAUCCAGAUGUACAAACCCAUGUAAAGGCUAAGGUGUUGACGAGCGACGUCGCAUGCGCGACAUUCGCACCAUAA